GUUCAUGCCAAACAAAAGCUUGGAUUUCUUCCUUUUUGGUUUGUACUUUUCCCCUUAAAUCCUUACUUCUUUUAUUGUGAUUAUGAAAUCUAUUAACUAUGUUGAAAAAUAUUUUAGAUGAUAUAUGCAAAAAAUUAUUGGAUUGGAAGAAACGUUACAACAUUAUUGAGGGAAUUGCUCAAGGACUUCUUUACUUACAUAAAUACUCAAGAUUGAGAAUUAUACAUAGAGAUCUUAAAGCAAGUAAUAUCUUACUUGAUCAUGAUAUGAACCCUAAGAUUUCUGAUUUUGGCAUGGCUAGAAUUGUUAGGCCAAAUGCAAUUGAAGCAACUACGAAAAGGAUUGUUGGGACUAUUGGUUACAUGUCACCCGAAUAUGCCACGAAUGGUAUUUUCUCAAUGAAAUCAGAUGUAUAUAGUUUUGGAGUUUUAAUGUUGGAGAUCAUAAGUGGCCGCAAGAACAAAAUCUUUCAUCACAAUGACAGCACCAUCAACCUAGUAGGAUAUGCUUGGGAUUUAUGGAAAGAAGGAAGAAGCUUGGAGCUAGUUGAUCCAGAGUUAGGGGUUUCCAACUCCACAGCCCAAAUGCUGAGAUGCAUUCAUGUUGCUAUACUAUGUGUGCAAGGCAAUGCUGCAAAUAGGCCUACAGUGUCUGAUGCAAUUUUUAUGCUCACUAAUGAAACUGUGCCCCUUCCUACUCCAACUCUACCAAUAGCUGAUGUUAACCACACCAGUGGGUUAGGAUGUUGUGCCACAAGUCUAACCAUUUCGGAGAUGGAAGCUCGGUAAAAAUGAAAUGCUAGAUGGGAAAAGAAAUGGAACAACAUUUCUUAAUUCCACUUUAGCUGUGGUUUAUAUCGAUUUG